AUGCCUCCUCCUCUGUCCUCCUCCCUCACCGCCGAUCUUGAAAGACCUUCGGCCGAGGGCCAGGGGAUAGUCGGUGGUGCAGCUCCGGAACCGGCCAGAAGCACUAUUACCACCCCCUGCCAGACGUGCGUUCGCCAAGCCUCCAACAAGCGGACUUUGAUUUGUGUUUUCAGCAGCGGGUCAGCCUGCAACCGUUGUCGAGGGCUGAAACGGACGUGUCUAAAGGUGCCGGAGAAGUACGCAGCCGCAGCGCGCACCGUGUUCGACCUGGUCCGCGAGGAGAGGUUUGCCGAGGCCGACGAGCUGAUCAAGGAACUCGACAUGAAGAUGCGGGCACCGAAGACUCGCCAGAAGAUGUCUGGGCAAGGGCUGUCUGCUGGUCGGGUCCUCCGGUCGCAGGCCCGUCGCCGCCGGUCCGCGUCUCCGACCCCAGCCCUCUCGACCAUGACAACGGCUCCCUCAGAGGAGCAGGAGCAGCACCAGCAGGCCCCCCUGCCGCUCGACUUGUGUGGGCCCAGCGGACAGGAGGCACCUUCCGACCUUGUAGAGGCCGUGGAGCGCGCCAUCGGCCGGGCGACGCUCGAGUAUCUCGGGUGGAAGAUAGCUGACAGAGGUCUGGAAUAG